GUUGGUGUGUAUAUAAUUAGAGGAGGGUGUGUGUUUGGUGUGAGUGUUGAGCAUGGGAUUAAGCAUGAAGGUGCAUCAGUUUGCACGUGGGUUUUGGGAGGCGCACGAACCGUCCCUCACGCUUGGCUGCAAGCGCUUACGCCCCCUCGCACCCAAGCUUCAACAACCGCCCACCUCAGAUCUCACAACUGCUGCCACCACUACAACGACGCUCACCACUUUCGACCUCAAGACCUUCAUCAGGCCCGAUUGUGGCCCCAGAAAACUUGGUUCUUCCUCUGACCACAACAAAGAUUCUUCUUCAUCUUCUUCCCCCCAGGUGGAGACGCACCCCGGGGGUACGAGGUGGAAUCCCACGCAAGAACAGAUUGGGAUACUGGAGACGCUUUAUAGGAGAGGAAUGAGGACUCCCAAUGCGCAGCAGAUCGAGCACAUCACCGCCCAGCUCGGCAACUACGGCAAGAUCGAAGGCAAGAAUGUGUUUUAUUGGUUUCAGAACCACAAAGCAAGAGAGCGUCAGAAACAGAAGCGCAACAGUCUCGGUCUCACUCACACCCCCCGAACACCCUCCAACCCAAUCCCCUUCCACUCUCAGGAAGAGGAAGAUAGUCCGUACAAGAGGAAGUGCAGGAGCUGGGGGUUUGAGUGUUUGGUAGAAGAUAGUGGUAUAUUGUGUAAAAAGGAGGAAGGAGAUAGGACUCUGGAGUUAUUCCCGUUGCACCCAGAAGGCAGAUCAUGAACAAUCAAGGGUUUUGGGGGAAAUUCCCAACAAAAUUUCAGCUUUAAUUGGUUUCAUCUCUCUGCUUUUCUAAGUGCUUUUUUUUAGUUAUUUCUCUAGCUCUUUCUUUUUCUUCUUCUUUCUGCGUGUUUCGAUAAAGAAGAAACAAAGAAAGGCCAACAAAAGUAGUCUCUUUGUACUGAUCAUCUACCACUUCCGAUUCUUCUUUCUUUAUCCCUACUACCUAACUUUGAACCCAAAGCAAAUGGACUACCUAAUUGGUCUUCUUCUUCUUCUUCUUCUUCUUCUUCUUUUUUGACAAUGAGAACUUGUUAAAAUCGAAGCUUUUAGGUUUAAAGUGGACACCUAUCGACACUGAAGUCCACGAGCC